AUGUCAUACACUGAUUCUCGUGGAUACACAUACACACAAAGAACUAAUAUCAUACAUCACCGGGAAUCUUCUCCAAAAGAUUCACAAUACUCGUACGAAACUCGGUCAUCCGAUUAUCAUACCGGAUCAAACUCAAAUAUGUCGGGACGUUCAUCAAGCAGUGGACAAGGUUAUGGGUCUGAAGGAAGUGGUGGAGAACAAAGUGUGAAAUAUAGAGAUUCUGCUGCAGCUAAGAAAUAUAUUGAAGGAAAAACAUCAAAAAGUGGACACAGUCAUGUCAUCAAUCAUACAGAUAGUCAUAAACACUAUGAUUCUGCAGAACCUAGGACAGGUGAAGGCAGAGAGAGUGAUUAUCAUGCCGCACGUUAUGAGCGAUAUGAAAGAGAGAAAUUGCGGACAUCGGCAAAUCGUCGUUGA